AUGGUAUCUCUUAUUAAUUUACUUGAUUCGCUGGAAAUGCUGCUGUUUCAAGAAAAUAUGGUUUCUGAAGAAUUGGAGGAGCAUUUUUCGAGGCCAGAAAUAGUUGAAGACAUUUCUGAUUCUCUUGUGGAUCUGUCAUCACUUCUGUGCAUGACACGAAGCAAGUGUCUUUCUGUUUUGAGAGCUCUUCGGCUUUCUCUUGAGAAACUUUACCUUCCAAGUGCUAUGAAAAUUGAUUCAAUAAUGAAAUUUUGUUUUCGAACAGCUUCCUUAAUUUUCUGCACUGCUUCCAGUUUAUAUAAACUUCAUCGGGUGGAAAUGGAACCACUGAACUUGCUGGUUAUUGAUGAAGCUGCCCAGUUAAGGGAGUGUGAAUCAACCAUACCCCUUCAAGUUCUGGGUAUGAGGCACGUUAUUCUCAUUGGUGAUGAGCACCAAUUACCAGCAAUGGUCAGGAGUGAAGUUUCUGGUGAUGCUGGUUUUGGAAGAAGCUUAUUCGAAAGAUUGAGUUCAUCUGGUCAUCCUAAGCAUCUGCUUAAUGUACAAUAUAGGAUGCAUCCGAAAAUUAGUUUCUUCCCUAAUUUAAAAUUUUACCGCAAAUGGAUCUUGGAUGCAUCAAAUGUUAAGAAUAAAAGUUAUGAAAGACGCUAUCUUCCAAUGCCAAUGUUUGGUCCUUACUCUUUCAUAAAUGUUAUUGGUGGAAAAGAAGAACUGGAUGACGCUGGACAUAGCCGAAGAAAUAUGAUUGAGGUAGCUAUUGUGUUGAAGAUAGUGAAGAAUCUGUACAAAGCUUGGAAUGGCUCUGAAAAGAAGCUUAGCAUUGGUGUGGUGUCUCCCUAUGCUGCUCAAGUUGUGGAAAUUCAAGAAAAACUUGGACAGAAAUAUGAGAAGCUUGAUGGUUUCAUGGUGAAGGCGAAGUCCAUUGAUGGGUUUCAGGGUGGAGAGGAAGACAUCAUAAUAAUAUCUACUGUAAGAACUAAUAGUGGAGGAUUCAUCGGGUUCUUAGCCAGUCCUCAAAGAGCUAAUGUUGCUUUGACAAGAGCUCCACACUGUCUUUGGAUUCUUGGAAAUGAGAAAACUCUAUCGAACAGUGGAUCAGUUUCGGCAGAAUUAGUCCAAAAUGCUAAGGAUCGACAAUGUUUCUUCAAUGCUGAUGAAGACAGUGAUAUGGCCAAAGCGAUAUUAGAUGUGAAGAAAGAACUUGCUCAACUUGAUGAUUUGCUUAAUGGGGACAGUGUACUUUUCAAAAGUGCACGGUGGAAGCUAUCUAGUGGCUGGCGACCUAAAAAGAAGAAUGUCGACUCAGUUUGCGAAAGCUCUUCACAGAUCGUGAAACAAUUCAAGGUUGAAGGGCUCUAUGUUGUAUGCACGAUUGACAUUGUGAAGAAGGAAUCUAGCUACAUCCAAGUUUUGAAGGUUUGGGACAUAUUGCCUUUGGAGGAGAUCUUGAAAUUGGUGAAACGUCUUGAUAGCGUAUUUGCAAUGUACUCUGAUGAUUUUAUCAUUCACUGCAAGGAGAAAUAUCUUGAGGGGGACUUGGAAAUUCCACAGAGUUGGGUGAUCUCUAAUGACAUUGUCCAGUUAAAGAAUAUUUGCAAUAAUGAAUUUGGGAGUGAAUCAAGUGUUCCAGCUGUUGAUGGUAGAAGUUAUGUUGAGAAUUCAAAGGUUAGUAAAAGCUUGUUGCUGAUGAAAUUCUACUCAUUAUCAUCUGGUGUUGUGAGUCACCUACUUUCUGGCUGCGAUGGUGGGGAACUGGAUCUCCCCUUUGAAGUAACUGAUUAA